UCAAUGGCCAAGAAAGGGCGUACGAAGGGCGAGAAGCCCGAAGCGCUCAUCUCUGCCCUCCAGGCAGCCAAUGAAGAUCUCAGGUCCAAACUGACUGACAUACAGAUAGAGCUACACCAAGAAAAAUGCAAGGUGAGCAAACUGGAGCGCGACAAGCUGCAGGAGGUGAAGCGGGUGCGAGAGCAGGAGCAGCACCGUUACACUGCCACGUUAACAGAGCAGCGGGCCAAGUGGCAUGAGGAAAAGCAAAAGGAGCUCCAGGCCCUCAGGGAAAACCUGACACGGCAGCAUGAGCAGGAGCUGGCCCGCCACGCCAAAAUCAAAGACCAGGAGAACCAGAGGCUCAAAGCCGCACUGAGCGCCAUGCGCGAUGGAAGCGGAGAGAAGGUGCGGACAGCACUGACUCUGGAAGCUAAGGAGGACGCACGUCGCUUCUUUGACCAGGAGAGAGUGAAACUCCUGCAGGAGAUAGCAGAGCUGAAAUCUACUAAAAAGCAGACCGAUGAGGCUCUCAGCAACAUGAUCCAAGCCGACAAGAUGAAGGCUGGUGACCUGCGGGUGGAGCACCAGCAGCACCAGGAGCAGAUCUCCAAGAUCAAGUGGGACUGUGAGAGGGACAUCCGCAGACUG